GCCACCGGCGACCGUUGAAGGAAGGCGCAUGCGCUUCAGGGAAAUAGCGUGCGGUGGAGUGCAGUUUGCCUCGUCGCCGGCUCUGCCUCAUACUUUACGUGUGGUGAUACACACCUGUAAUCCGAGCACUCAAGAGGUUGAGGCAGAAGGAUCACCGUGAGUUCGAGGCCAACAUAAGCUACAUGGUUUGAUAAAAGAAAACACUUUAUCGGAAGAAGAUGGCCACUGCACAGUUGCAGAGGACUUCCAUGAGUGCAUUAGUAUUUCCCAGUAAGAUAUCAACUGAGCAGCAGUCUUUGGUGUUAGUGAAGAGGCUCCUAGCAGUUUCGGUAUCCUGCAUCACGUAUUUGAGAGGAAUAUUUCCAGAAUGUGCUUAUGGAACAAGAUAUCUAGAUGAUCUUUGUGUCAAAAUUCUGAGAGAAGAUAAAAAUUGUCCAGGAUCUACACAGUUAGUGAAGUGGAUGCUAGGAUGCUAUGAUGCCUUACAGAAAAAAUAUCUAAGGAUGGUCGUUCUAGCUGUGUACACCAAUCCAGAAGACCCUCAGACAAUUUCAGAAUGUUACCAGUUUAAAUUCAAGUACACAAAAAAUGGACCAAUCAUGGACUUUAUAAGUAAAAAUCAAAGCAGUGAAUCUAGCAGGUCAUCUGUUGACACCAAGAAAGCAAGUAUUCUCCUCAUUCGAAAGAUUUAUAUUCUAAUGCAAAAUCUGGGACCUUUACCAAAUGAUGUUUGUUUAACCAUGAAACUUUUUUACUAUGAUGAAGUUACACCACCAAAUUACCAGCCUCCUGGUUUUAAGGAUGGUGAUUGUGAAGGAGUCAUAUUUGAAGGGGAGCCUAUGUACUUAAAUGUGGGAGAAGUCCCAACACCUUUUCAUACCUUUAAAGUAAAAGUGACCACUGAGAAAGAACGAAUGGAAAAUAUCGAUUCCUGUAUACUGUUACCUAAACAAUUAAAAACACCACUUCAGAAAAUUCUGGUGGACAAAGAUGAUGUAGAAGAUGAGCAGGAACAUUAUAUAAGUGAUGAUUUUGACUUUGAAACUAAAAUGGAAGAACAGAAAAAAAAUCCUGGAGCUUCUAAAAUUGGAGAACCAAAUUUCAUUAUUGAGGAAGAUGAAAUUAUGAGGUGUAAAGAAAGUCCAAAUUUUUCAACUUCUCAUUUUCAGGUUGAACAGUUAGUCAAUAAAACAUCUGAACUUGAUGUAUCUGAAAGCAAAACACGAAGUGGAAAAAUUUUUCAGAAUAAAAUGACACAUGGAAACCAGCCAGUUAAAUCUUCUAAAGAAUCUCGGAAGAGAACUCAACCUGCAUCUGAGAAAACAGUCUUCCAUCACUUCGAUUUUUCUAGUCAAGAGUCUGUGCCAAAAAGGAGAAAAUUCAGUGAACCAAAAGAACCUAUGUGAAAUUACUUUUUCUUCUGCAUAUUUGGAAAAUUCUCAUUGGUUAAAGUAAAUGCUCUAUUACUAUUUUAAGGUGUGUUCUUCUGUAGCUCUGAAAAUUUAUAUGCAGUUUUAAGCAGUUUAUACAUUAAAAUGAAGUUUUCGACCAUUAUAUUGUGGUCCUUAAUUUUAUCUAAGAUAAAUCCAAGAGAAUUUUGAGACAAAACCAAAAGCAUAAAUGUAGUAAUUGAUGUUGUUCAAUUUCUAUUCCAUAUCCAUCUAUUUUCCAUUUUCGUGGACAGUUUCUUUACGUAUGUAUUAAGACCCUAUAAUACAAACCACUUUUUGAAAUAAUGUUUAUUUUGAUAUUAAAACUUUGUAGGAUUCAUUUUUUUCUUUUGUUAAAACUGUAUUAUGUAACUAGCUGUCACUGUGUUAUUAAGACAAUGUUCUUUCAAUAUAUUGAUCUAUUGUAUUAACAUAUAUAAUGUACAAUUUAAAAAUUGGUACCUAUCUUUUUUAAACUUUUUUUACUACAGGACAAAAAAGAUGACUAGUUUUUUAAAGACAAAAUAAAAUGUUCAGUUUGGAGGUU